UUUCCUCCCCUUUCGCCUCCAUCGUCGCGAUCAUCGAGUCCUCCGAUCCAAGUUGCCGGCGCCUCUGAGACUUGAGUCUGCCUCAGCCCCCCUGCUCCGUUGUCGACCUCCUCGUGGAUCCUCUUCCCUUUCUUUCUUUCUUUCUUUCUUUCUUGUUCUAUUUAUGCUCGAGUUCCGGAUGCAUCGCUGGUUUCUCGUUGACAAGGGUUUGAUUCAUCUAGUCCCCGCUUCCGUUUACUUCUAUUUUGGUCUCGCCUCUUUAGCCUUUGUCAGAUCUGUCGGUACUAAUUGAUCCUAUGAAACUUGUGAUGGAUGGAUACAUGUUUUCUGGUUCGAUCUUAUGGCUCCAAAGAAAUCUAGGGCAUUAUUAAACUUGACCAUGAUUAGAAGAUGUUGUAUUGAAUGCCACAGAGAAAUGGGAAACAUGAAGAAGUUUCUCUUGGAAACUACUUGCUUGCUGAGUUGAAAAAGAAUAUUUUACCUGUGGAGGUUGAUGGUCCACGUGGGUGGAUAUCUGCAUCAUGCUGCUUUCAAUACUAUGAAAAUAUAUCGAUUUAUACACCUGACAAAUGGGUGCAUCUACCAAAGAUUAUGCAACCAAAAACAGGUCGACAUGCUCCGACGAGUGGAAGUAGCACGGAUGUCGCUCGCAGCCAAAUAGCACUUCCUUUUACGAAGCUGCACGGUUGGGAGGGGGAACGAAGCAAUCGCGUCAACCGCGCAUUGAAGUCGGUUCGAAGGCUCGGCCGUGCUGGGAGCGACGCGUGGAUCAGGUUCACGUUUUAACCGCGCCCCCGGGCACGGCUACGCCACUGUCAACUACCGAACCCCCGUGAAAGGAAAUAGACGCGUGUAGCGAGCGGUCGACAGUAGACCAGGGACCGGGGGGGCAUGCAGAUCACGUGAGGGGCAAAAAACCGAGCGCAGCCCAGGCCGCGUGCUGUGUGUUCUAGUGGAUAUUUUUCUUGUGUUUGUGAAUUUGGUGUCUUGAGAAAACAACUUGGUGGUAUGUCUAUAUAGGAGAGAGCCAACAGCUGGCCCUUGACUUGAGGCGGCGCAGGAUCUUUCGAUAUCUCAUGCGGUCAAAAUGAGCCUCGACUGAAAUCGGACGGCAACUGCACUCUUCUUGUGUGGGAGAGAGGAAUUUGGUUGCCAGCCUGCGUCUGUUGUUUCCUAUGUAGUUGCCAAAUAGGUUCCGUCUGAAUUACCAUUGGGUGACUCGGGGACAUUAGGGGUGGAAGGCGAGGGCUGGCGGAGAUGGCAGUUCAAAAUGCCGAGACGUGCUUCCAGUGGUCGCGGAUGUCGCGCGCCAACUCCCUGACGCCCUCCCCCGCCGUCUUACCUGCCGCGGUCCCGUCCCUCGGCUGCAGAAAGCGGCAGGGUUCGGCUGUCCAUGUCCGCGAUCGCGUCCUCGCCUCGCCCUUCCUUGGGGCCGUCUCUGCCAAGCUGUUUAGGGUCCGUUUGCUGGACAUUCGGAGGAGGCGAGGUGAGAAGCGAGCGCUGCGCCGAGCCUUCAGCGGCAGCCUCCAGCGCUUCGAGGCAGAAGGUGACGACUACCAGGAGGAGAACGAUGAGCUGUUCAUUCAGAAGCCCCAAGAGUUCGCUAUUGAACUCCAACAGCAACGAGGUGGUGGCUAUGAAGAGGGUAUCGAGGAAGCUGCUUUCGUCUCGCCUGCGUCGUCCUCCGAUUCGAGCCCUAGUUCUUUUUCUCUGAGCGUGUCGACGAAGCACGAGCCGUUGCGGCUCCCCGUCUGGCCGGAACCGCCGGACUGGCUCGACCAGAUCGUACCGGCGAUCGUGGAGAAGAACGCGAACAGCGUGGAGCUGCCGCUGUCUCUGCGGAUCAUAAAGCGGAAGAAGCGGUGGGAGGAUGGUUGGUUCCGGGAGGCGAGUGAGUCGGCCUUCUGCUCCGUGAACCGGGCUUUCUCCUCCAUGGUGUUCAUGAUCCGCGAGCUCCAGAGCUACACGCUCCAGAUGCGGGAGUUUAUCUCCAGCGAGGACCUCCAGGGGAUCCUCGCGCGGGUCCAGCGAGAGAUGAACUCUUCCUUCGUCUGGCUCUUCCAGCAGAUCUUCUCCUGCACUCCGACCCUGAUGGUCUCGGUCAUGCUCCUCCUUGCCAACUUCACCGUCUACUCCAUGGGCCACCUCGACGCCGCCGCCAUGGCUGCGCCCAAUCCACCGGCACAGUCACUAGUCGAGACGACAGUCGUGGUGGAAGAUCGUCGUCACCUGAACCAUCACGAUCGCUCCUCCAUCAAGACGUUCUCUUCGAUCGGGAGGACCGCUUCAAUCGGAGGGAGCGGCCCGGGCGGCGGUGGGAAGGCGAAGCCGGUCUCGGGGGCCACGGGCGAUGGGCGGUCGGAUGACGAGCGCUUCUCGUAUCGGACGAGUUUCGCCGACGGCACUUCAACGGCUCCAAGGGUGGUGGACAUCGAGGAGAGUGGAGAAGGAAGAAGGGGUGAUGGCGCGUUGGUGGCGGCGCCGAGGGCGGAAGAGGAGGUGAGGGUUUGGAGAGGAAUACUGGAGGAGGUGUCGAGGUUACAAGCGAGCACGAGGGACGAGGCGCUCAUGGACCAGGAGACGCUGUGGCGGCUCGUGUCGCCCGUCACGGCCGAGCCGGAGCCCGACGACUACUCGGAAUACUUGCGGACCGAGAUUAUGUACCAGCAGACCCUGUCGCAGGACCCGGAGAACGCUCUCCUGGUUGCCAACUUUGCUCAGUUCCUCUACCUGGUGCUCCACGAUCACGACAGGGCGGAAUACUACUUCAAGAGAGCGGCGGGGUUGGAGCCGGCCGACGCGGAGGCAUUGAGUCAGUACGCGAGCUUCCUGUGGCUGGCGAGGAAGGACAUGGCGGCCGCGGAGGAAACCUACUUGCAAGCCAUCGCUGCGGAUCCCAGCAACCCCUUCCACACCGCCAACUACGCCCAUUUCCUGUGGAGCACGGGCGCUGAGGACACCUGCUAUCCUUUGGACACCGACGACGCAUGGCAACAGUGACAUCAACCCAUACCAAGAAACAAACGACGCACUGCUGUCUCGACGUGUAGUGUCUGUGUAUAUAUAUACAUACAGUUUGGCGCAUUGCAUUAAAUAAGCUGAUGAUAUAUAUGUUCAAUAGAUCGAUCAAAUUUUCAUCUCGAUGUAUAGCGAGUGUGUAUAUGUACAUAUAUUUUGGCGCAUUGCAUUAAAUAAGAUGACGAUUUAAUCGAAUGACAAA